AUGGUGCCCGGAAAUGGAAGUGCUUCGACAUCGGGUGGCCGUAUCGUAAACUUGCCAGAGGUCGCUGUUAAUGCUACUGCUGUGGCAGAUGCCGCCGCACUUCAUAAUGUAGAGUUGGUCGUUGUUGGCCCAGAGGUGCCACUGGUCGAUGGUAUUACUGACGGCUUGAAGCGCCGUGGACUGCGUGUGUUUGGCCCAAGCCAACGCGCCGCCGAAAUCGAGGGCAGCAAGGUGUUCUGCAAGGACUUCUUUGCCCGCCACAGCAUCCCCACCGCCCGCUACAGCACCUUCACCGACUACAACGCCGCCAUCGCACACAUUGACGCCAUCGACUACAACGUCGUCGUCAAGGCCAGUGGCUGCGCUGCCGGCAAGGGUGUGCUCAUCCCAUCAAACAAGCAGGAGGCCAAGGACGCCCUCAAGAAGAUCAUGGUGGACCGCGAGUUUGGCACCGCUGGCGAUCAGGUCGUCGUCGAGGAGUUCCUGGACGGCGAGGAGGCCUCUGUCAUGGCCUUCACCGACGGCUACUCCGUUGCCGUGAUGCCCGCAGCACAGGACCACAAGAGAGUGUUUGAUAACGACCAGGGACCAAACACUGGAGGUAUGGGCGCCUACGCCCCCGCCCCAUUCAUUACAGAUCGCAAGGUAGCUUCGCGUACCGGCUUUGGUCCAACUAUGGACCGCGUGCUCGACACAAUCAUCAAGCCAACCGUAGACGGUAUGAGACGUGAGGGCAGACCAUUCGUCGGUGUUCUCUUUGCCGGUUUGAUGGUGUCCAAGUCUGGCGCCAUCAACACACUCGAGUUUAACUGCCGCAUGGGCGAUCCAGAGACACAGGUCGUUCUGCCCCUGCUCGAGACCGAGCUGCUCGAGGUCAUUGAGGCCUGCUGCGACGGUCGUCUCGACAGUAUCGAUAUAAAGUGGAAGCAGGCCUACGCCGUCACCGUCGUGUCUGCCUCUGAGGGCUACCCCGACGCAUACCCAAAGGGCCGCGAGAUCAAGGGCGCCGAUGCCCCAUUCACCGACGACAUGAUGGUGUUCCAGGCAGGUACCACCGUUACCGCUGGCAGCCUCGUCACCAACGGCGGUCGUGUCCUCUCCACCACCAGCAUCAACACAUGUUUGGAGCGCGCCAUCCAGCUGUGCUACGAAGGCAACAAGACCAUCGACUUCCAGGGCAGACAAUUCAGAUCGGACAUUGGCCGCAAGGCACUCAACUUCCUCGAGAACGCCAAGAAGCAGACAUCCGCCGUCUCCUACAGCGAGUCGGGUGUGGACAUUGAGCGUGGAGAUGCCGUCGUCGACAGCAUUGCCCCAAUGGCCAAGGCCACCACCAGAAGCGGAUGUGUCAGCGACCUCGGUGGAUUCGGUGCCCUGUUCGACACAAAGGCCGCCGGCUUCAGAGACCCAAUCCUCGUCUCGGGUACCGACGGUGUUGGCACGAAGCUCAAGAUCGCCCAGGAGAUCGGUCUGCACGACGACAUUGGCAUUGACCUCGUUGCCAUGUGCGUCAACGACGUUUUGGUUCAAGGCGCCGAGCCCCUUUUCUUCCUCGACUACUUUGCAACUGGCCGCAUCCACGUCGACGUUGCCACCAAGGUCAUUGGAGGCAUUGCCAAGGGUUGCAAGAACUCUGGUUGCGCUCUGAUCGGAGGUGAGACCGCCGAGAUGCCCGGUAUGUACAGAGAUGGCGAGUAUGAUCUUGCUGGAUUCGCCGUGGGUGCCGUCGAGCGUGAUCAGAUGCUGCCCAAGAACAUCAAGCCUGGCGAUGUCCUGCUGGCCCUCGCCUCAUCCGGUGUGCACUCCAACGGCUACUCAUUGGUGCGUUACCUGGUCGAGAAGAAGUCCGGUCUGGUCAAUCCAAACGGCGGCUCCGUCUAUGACCUGCCCGCACCAUUCGAGCAGAACAAGACCCUAGGCCAAGCCCUGCUCACCCCCACCCGUCUCUACGUCCUGUCCUGUCUGCAAGCGAUCCGCGCCGGCGGUGUCAACGGUCUGGCUCACAUCACCGGAGGUGGUAUCACCGAGAACCUGCCCCGUGUCCUGCCCAACGGCAUGGACGCCACCGUCGACCUCAACUCCUGGACCCUGCCGCCCGUAUUCCAAUGGCUCAACGCCAUUGGCAAGAUGGAGCAAUUGGAGCUUCUGCGCACAUUCAACUGUGGCAUUGUGAAGAAGGAAGUGAAGCAUUUAGCUUGUCGUAACAAAUCUGAUUCUUCUGAGCAUAACCCAAAGGCCAAGCCAUUGGCUGACCACAAGUUGACGAUCACUAUUUUGGAUUUGGUCCAGCAGGCCAACAACUACAACCAACUCAAGAAGGGAGCUAACGAGGUGACCAAGUCUGUCUCUCGUAGCACUGCUGAGUUUGUUGUGUUGGCUGCCGACGCCGAGCCACUCGAGAUCGUCCUUCACGUGCCUCUAUUGUGUGAGGACAAGAACAUCCCAUACGUGUUCGUUCCAUCCAAGACCGAGCUUGGUCGUGUCUGCAACGUCUCCCGCCCAGUCGUUGCCUGCUCCGUCCUCCAAGACGAGUCGUCCAACCUCAAGUCUCAGAUCAACAACGUCAAGGAUGCCUUGGACAAGCUCUGGAUUGCAUAA